UGUCCGUGUUUUCCACCCGGACGCAUUUCAGAGACGCACAUGUUUACAAUGGCAACAUGUCGGACAGAGACCGAGUCUGUGGAGGAAUCAAAUGAUCCCGGAGCUGCUCCUCAUGGAAACUUCAUCAACUAUUACACCUUCAAUCCUCCGGAGAACAGACUGAGUCUGAUCCCGGCUUCACUGCUGCGGGACUUAGGUCUCAGCUGCGGGGAGAAAACACUGCUGCUGGACGUGGGCUGUAACUCAGGGGACCUGAGUGUAGCCUUCUAUAACCACGUGGUGCAGCCGCCCCUGUGUGGAGAAGAGUCUGAGGGGAGAGAAGUUCAUCUCCUGGGAUUCGACCUGGACGAGGCUCUGAUUCAGCGGGCGCAGGACGCCAACCCUCUGCCCAGCAACGUCUCCUUCAUCCCUCUGGACAUCACCACAGACACGGAGACGCUGCAGGGUUACCUCAGUGGACACGGCUGCUCCCUCUUCCACCUGAGUCUGUGCCUGGCUGUCACCAUGUGGGUCCAUCUAAACCACGGGGACUCCGGCCUGCUGCAGCUCCUCUCUCACUUGGCCUCCAUCAGCCAGCACCUCCUGCUGGAGGCCCAGCCCUGGAAGUGCUACCGCUCAGCUGCCCGGCGCCUGAGGAAGCUGGGCCGCUCGGACUUUGACAACUUCAAGACCCUGAAGAUUCACGGGGACAUAGCGAAACAUGUCAGGGAGCACCUGGAGAGACAGUGCGGCAUGGAGCUCAUCCAGAGUUUCGGCAGCACCGUGUGGGACAGAAAACUGCUGCUGUUCAGACGGACACGAAGCUGAGGGAGAGAAUCAGGUUUUCAUCUGCUGCUCAGGAGCUGCAGGGAGACGAUGAGAAGACAGAACCUAAGAGACAAAUGUGAGAAAACUGUUUGGAAUUAAUUGACAUUUCUGAGAAUCAAUUAAUAACAGAAUAACUGGUUCCAGCGUCAGAAACAUGGAGAUUUGUAUUUAUCUUUGUUUUCUUCUUUUGUUUCUUGAAAAAAUAAACAGACUGGGCUCUGG